AUGGCUAGCAAUCGCAUGCGCCGAGUUGGCAAAGAACUUGCCGACAUCCACAAAGACAAGGAUUCUCAAAUCCAGGUCGAGCCAAUUGGCAACCAAGAAGAUAUCACACAUCUCCGCGGCUCUUUCCCAGGACCGCCAGACACUCCGUACCAAGGCGGUACCUACAACAUCGACAUCAAAAUCCCUACCGAUUAUCCUUUCCGGCCGCCAGUGAUGAAGUUUGAGACGAAAGUGUGGCAUCCGAAUAUCAGCAGUCAGACGGGCGCUAUCUGUCUUGAUACCCUUGGAAAUGCUUGGUCGCCCGUUUUAACCGUCAAAUCCUCCCUACUUUCGUUGCAAUCACUUCUUAGUACCCCGGAGCCGAAAGACCCGCAGGAUGCGGAGGUUGCGAAUAUGAUGCUGCAGAAUCCCAGGGAAUUUGAGCGGGUUGCACGGCAAUGGGCUGUGAUCUAUGCCGGUGCACCUUCGACUGGCGCCGGAGGAGAUAUGGACAGAGCAAAUGAUGUGCAAUUAACCGCUGCCAGGGAUGAUCUGGCCAAAUACGGCGGAUACAACAAAGAUUUGGUUGAUCGGUUCUGCGGCAUGGGAUUCGAUGUGGAACGAGUCGUAUCUGCUUUCCGCUUUGUUGGUCUCGAUACGAAUGGAAGCCAAGACCAGGAGCUGAAUGAUGGUCAAAUGGGAGAUAUCACUGCCCGGCUGCUCGGGGAGUAG